AUGAAUAGGGCAUCUACGCAAGUGCUGUGGACUUCGCUUAAACUCAGGUCUAAAAAGAGAUGUGGGCAGGCAAAAACGCAGAAAAACGCCAAAUCAGUGAUUCAAAUUAAAAGUGAGUCAGCAAUUGUGAUCCAAAGGUGAUGGAGAAAGAUAAGGGAGAACUUGGAUAAAUCAGAAUUCGUAACAGAAAUACUUUUAACUCCUUAUGAGCAAGUUGCAACCAAUAUAAAUCCUGAGCUUAUUCAAAGUUUCAUAUCAGAAUUAGAAAUCAAUGAAGAAGUUUCUAUAGAUGAGCGCAGUAGCCCAUUAGGGUUAGCUACAGCUAGAUUUUCACAAGAAUAUUUAGAGACUAUCAACAGCAUUGAAAAGCCAAAAGAAAAUCUGGAAAACAAAGAAAAUCAAAAUAUUUUUGAUAUGUCUUUUAAAUCAAAAUUCAAAGAAAAUAGAGCUGAAAAGCUCCUUCAAUUUUUAGAUGAAUCUGAAAAUAGUACAACAAUUCUUAAUAACGUAGCUUUAGCUAAAACCAGCAGAUCAGACUCUCAAAGCUAUCUUGUAUUUGUUAACUACAAAAUUGAACUCGAAGAAGCCAAUAAAACUAUCGAGUCCUUGAAAGAAAUUAUACAAACGCAGAAGACACAGCUAAAAGAAAAAGAAAUUGAAAAUCAAUUGAUAGACCAAGAGAAAAUUAAAUAUGAGGAAAUCACAGAUAAAAAUGUUUUGUUUAUGGAAGAGUUGUUAAAAGAAAAAGAGCAAAGGAUUAAGCAGCUCAACGAGCUGAAUCUAAAAGUUAAAGAAAUGGAAGAAAUCCAUUCUAACACUAUAAAAGAAAUUACUGAAAAAUUUCAAUCUGAAAUGCUUGAGAAAGAGGAAUUAUUAAAAAAUAACGAAGAAAAGUGGAUUAAUGAAAAAUCAAAAGAGAUCAUAAACUCUGCAAUCAAAAGCUGUGAAGAAGAGCAUAUAAAAAAUAUAAAAGAACUAAAAGAAGAGCACCAUGAAAAUAUGCAAAAAACUAAAGCAAAGUUAGAGUUAGAAUACCAAGAAAAACUUAAAGAAGUCCAAAAUCUACAAAAUGAAAAAAUAAAUUUGGAAAAAAACAAAAUUUUAUCACAUUUUAAUGAUGAGUUAAGGAAAGAGAAAGAAAAAUUGCAAGAGGAGAAAAAAGAAAUAGAAAUCCAUUUUCAAGAAAAGGUUAAUUUAAAUGAUCAAGAAUGGAUGGCAAAGUUUCAAGAGGCUCAAAGGAAUGCGAAUAUUCUGCUGGAGGAGCAAGAAAAUCUAUAUAGAGUUAAGAUAAACCAGCUGAGAACUAUAUAUGAAAAUGAAAAAUUGCAAUUCCAAGAAAGCUCAAAGAGUCAAGAUUUAUCUAUAAAAGAAAAAAAGAAAAUUGAGGAGUAUGAAAUUGCAAUUGAAAAAUUAUCUAAUGAGCUAAAAGACUUGCAAGCCCAAUUAAAAUUGGAAAAAGAUGCCAAAGAAAAGAUAUACCGAGUUAUAAUUAAUAAAAAAAAUACCUAACCUUAUAUAAUUUUUAUACAAUCCAUAGGAAAAAAUAUAUAGUUGAAGACAGAAACCUAAAAAUUUUAGAGUUAGAAAUGAAAAUCAAUAGACAGGGUGGCUAUAAAGACUCAAUUGAGUUUGUAAAUAUCACCAAAAGGGCAAAAGAGCAAGAAGUGGAAAUUAAUAAGCUAAAUUACGAAAAAAGCAAAUUUGAAGAAAACAAUAAAAAUUUGAUGAUUGAAAUUGAAAACAUUAAAAGAAGCUUACUUCCCAACCUUAGUUAGCAAACAAAAUAUUUUUGCUCUUACCAGAGGGUUGAUUUUUUUAAAUUUUUUUUCAACUUACUCCCCCCAUCCUUGAUCGAACGAUUGACUGUAAAAAUUCCUAAAAAUUGGGGAAAGUUAACCCCCAUCCUUGAUCGAACGAUUUCAUAUCAUGCAAAUUUUUAUAUAUAUAAAAAUAUAAUAGUUAUCAAAAGCUUGGGAAGAUGUACAUAAUGAAGUUGUUUUUCAGAGACUUUGAGACGACAGAAAGCUUCGGAAUCAACCAUUCGAAGUGAUUUAGUCAUCAACCUGGGCUUAAAAACUCAAUAAUCUAAUAAAAUACAGAUUCUUUAAAAUUUUUAAAAAAAAAAAUUAAUUUAAUAAGGAACAAAUUAAAAUUUAUACAGUUUAAAGGGGUUACUAAUAAAUUAAAAUAUAAAAAAUUGGUAUUUUUAUGAAAUUAAUUCAAUUUUUUGCUGUAAAAAUAAUUAUUAAAUACUCUUAACCCUCUUAUUUAAAAGUAAAUAAAAAAAAUAUAUAUAUAUAUAUUUUUUUUAUAUAUAAAAUUUUUUUUCCCAAAAAAAUUUUUUAACCCAUCCUUGAUCGAACGAUGGCGAGUAGUUCGAUCAAGGAUGGGGGGGAGUUAAAUAAAUUCAGAUUUAUGCAAUGUAUCCACUAAUGAUGAGUGCAAUAUUUAAUGAAAAAAUUUAAUAAUCUAUAAAAUAAAUAUUUUAAUAAUCAGUUAAAAAUAAAUAUAAUUGAAGGUGGAGCACAUUAUAAUAGUCAUUAAAUUAUAUAUAGAAAUAUUUUAUCGAAAUAAUAUAUAUAUAUUAAAACUAAAAUUGAUCUCUAACAAAGGGUUUAAUUUUGAUUUUCUCAUAGUUUUGCUUGCUAACCAACAUAAUAGAUUAGAGGAGCUGAAAUCAAAUGAAAGCAACAAAAAUAAAACUAUUAUUGAUGAAAAUAACAUGCUGAAAGAGCAAAUAAAAAUAUUAAAAGAAUAUUACGAAGCUCGAAUCGCAGAAAUUACUCAAAAAGAAGCUGAAGAAUUUGAAGUGAUAGAAGAAAGAGUUUGGGCUACAAUAAAUAAAAAGGAUGAAAAAAUAAGGGAAUUGCAAGAGCAACUUAAAAUAUUGUCAUCAAAGCUUCCUCAUAUAGAUCUGUAA